AUGUCUCUAUUCCGCGCUAGCUUUCCCGCCCCGGGCGACUUCGCCCCUCUUUUCCGUCUCCUCGACGAUUAUGACAACCACCGCGGCAGCCACCGUUCCGCCGCGCGCAGCUUCGCCCCCCGGUUUGACGUCCGUGAAAGCGAAGAGGCAUUCCACUUGGACGGCGAGCUACCCGGUAUCGCGCAAAAAGAUAUCGACAUCGAAUUUACCGAUCCGCAGACUCUGGUCGUGAAGGGCCGCACCGAACGCGAGUACAGCACAGCCGAGCCAGAGGAGCAGGCGGGAACUGAACAGGCAGUUGCAACCACGGAGAAGGCCUCCAAGGUUAGCCACCGCUACUGGGCCAGCGAGCGCUCUGUCGGUGAAUUCUCACGCUCCUUCUCCUUCCCGAAUGGCAUCGACCAAGACAAAGUCAAAGCCAGCCUGAAGAACGGCAUACUCUCUGUUACAGUGCCGAAGUCCACUGCUUCGGCCACCAAGAAGAUCACUAUCGAGUGA